AUGAGCUCCUCCUCGGAAGAAAUACUCACGAGCGUGCUAGUGCUGCAACUCGAGGCGAUCAAAGCGCUCGUGACUGAGUACCACCAACAAACAGAAGCCUACGUACAGCAGUUCGGUCAUAUGCCUCUAUCGAACGAGCCCAUAUACGCGGCUCAUGACGCGCGCAUUGCGCUGCGCUCGUUACCGUCUCUAGCCGAAGGGUGCGUGGUCUCCGAGGUGAUACUUGCGGCCACGAAGAGCCAUUGUGGUCAAAACAUGUGUGCCACCUCAACGACCGACCUCGAAGAGUUUCUAGCUAGUGCUAGAAAAAACGUCAAAACCGUCGACGACCGUGUGCACGCGCUCUUUGUGCUCGAUGCGAGUCUCUCGCAUGCGCAACUAAAGAAGGAGAUGCAGGCUACAUUUGAGGGUAAGCAGGGGUACGCCUUGCUCGUCGAGUGGCUCGCACUAAGCUGUAGCUACAAGGACGAGACGUCGAAAGCGUUCACGGAGUUAUUGCUGCUCGUGCUGAAGAACAAGAUGCCAGCUAUGUCGUUCACGAUUAAGACCGUGAUCAAGAACUUGAUGCGGUACAAAAAGGUUAUGAAGGGAAAGACCAACAAGGGGCUAUUGCAAGAUGUGGUGGACGAGUACCGCAAGAAGAUUAAGCUUUAG